UGCUCGAAAGAGGGGAAAGCAAACAAUUUUCAGGCCCGCCGCGUCUAGCAAAAAAUAUGAGAAAAAAAUUAUUAAAAAUUCGGAAAAUAGUUGAAAGUGAAGAAAAACCCGACAGAAAGGAUGUUAAAGCGACCGGGGCCCCUGAGUCCGGGCGGUGUUGAGCACAUAAAACUGGAUAGAACAAUUGCAUCAGUACUAGUUGGGCACUGCGCCCCUGUCCAUGUAGCUGCUCAGCCCUAGAGUGCCAUGGCCACGGGAACCCAGGGCCACCGCGACCACCUCCUGGAGAGAACCAAGCUCGCGCCGCCCGCCGGGAGGCGCAGGAGAGCCGAGGGGAAGCCCAAGAAGAAUUUCUCUUGCCAGGAGUGUCAGAAGGCUUUCAACAGUCUGGAGAAGUUGAAGGUGCACUCGUACUCUCACACAGGAGAAAGACCGUACCGCUGCUCCCACCCCGACUGCACCAAGGCUUUCGUCUCCAAAUACAAGCUGCUACGGCAUAUGGCGACUCACUCGCCAGAAAAAAACCACAAGUGUUCAUACUGUGAGAAAAUGUUCCACCGCAAGGAUCACUUAAAGAAUCACCUGCACACUCACGACCCCUACAAGGAGGCGUUCACUUGCCAGGAGUGCGGCAAGAGCUACAACACCAAGCUGGGCUUCAAGCGCCACCUGGCCCUCCACGCCGCCAACAGCGGAGACCUCACCUGCCAAGUGUGCCUGCAGCCGUUCCCCAGCACCGGGGUCCUUCUGGAGCACCUCAAAACGCACGCUGGCAAGUCCUCCGGCGGGACCAAAGAGAAGAAGCACCGCUGCGAGCAUUGCGAGCGGCGAUUUUACACCCGUAAAGAUGUGCGGCGCCACAUGGUGGUGCACACUGGACGCAAGGACUUCCUCUGUCAGUACUGCGCCCAGCGCUUCGGCAGGAAGGACCACCUGACGCGUCACGUGAAGAAGAGCCACGCUCGGGAGCUGCUAAGGGUCAAAACUGAGCCAGCUGAUUCGCUGGAGCCCGUUGUCUACGAUAUGGCGUCCGGGGGCAUCAAGGACGAGCUCCCGGGAAUGGUGACGCCGAGGCCGCACCAGCUCAACAUGUACGCGGGCCCCGUCCUGGACACAGAGCCCUUCCCCACCCCCACACACUCGUUUUCUUUUAAGUACCCACUGGGCUCCAACUUUACCUCAUACAGCGUCUCACAGGAGCGGGAGCAGAAUCUAAAGGGAGAACUGGAGACCUACCUGAUGGAGCUGCAGAGCAGCAUGCCCUCCUCAUCCUCUGCAGCCCAGGAACCCCAACUCUCCUCCUCCAAACUGGAGCUGGAGCCUCAAGUGGGCGUGCUGGAGGACGUGAGCGAGGGCGUGUCCCUGUCCAAAAUGGCCACCCCGAUGGCGGCAGCCGCCGCCGCAGGCGACUCUCUGGCCUCAUCCUCCUCCCUGAUGGACUUCUCGCAGCUUUUUAACUUCCUGCCACUCAACGGGCCCCCGUACAGCCAGGCAGGGGGCGGCAGCGUGGGGCAGGGCGUGGCCUAUCCACCCAACGAAGAGCCGGCACCUCUGGGCCAGCUUCCCCCCCAGCCCCCCGAAGGCCCGGAGGCUGCAGAGAGUCCGCUUCAGAGGCUGCCCUCCUCCUUCAUAUCCAACCUGAGCACACCCACUACACUGCCCCGCUUCCACCAAGCUUUUCAGUGAUCCAGUAUGUGCUGGGCCUGACGCACACACACACACACACACACACACACACACACACACACACACACACACACACACACACACACACACACACACACACACACACACACACACACACACACACACGUCAAGCUACACAACCACCCCCUCAGACAAUGAAAAAAGAUGCUACACGUGUUUGAAGAUAUUAGCACUUCUAUCCAUUUCAUAUGACAACACAUAAACACACAGCGAUCAGCACUGAAAGAAGGCACACACACACACACACACACACACACACACACACACACACACACACACACACACACACACACACACACACACACACACACACACACACACACACACACACACACACACGCUUUCUAAUGGCUACUGUUGGGAUGUCUUCUUUUCACCUAUGAAGCUUUUUAUUGACGAGUUGGCAACUUUUUUACCCCCCCUCCCCCUUCCCUAAUGACGUGUUCACAUAAUAGCAGAAAAAACUGAUCCUCUUGUGCUGUGUGGAUGUGCAAACACAAUAUCCAAAUUCUUGCUAUUUGCAAGUUUUACAACCUAACAUCAUCUGUUGUGAUGACCGACAGAAAGAACUAUUUCCAAGGCCUGCCGGCUACAAUAAACCUCUUGAAUCGUAGCACGAGUAUGGAGAAUUCAGCCAUGGUUGUGGCUGUGCUCACAAAGCUCAGCACGCCACGAACACUUUAAUGGAGCAAAACCUGUUUUUCAGCCAUGAUGUGAACAUGCCUUUGCUGUGUCAGGUUCAACAUGAUUAAGUCUUUUGGGGGUUGGAGAAUUUUCACGUAGAUAAUAUUCAAUAUUCAUUUGAUUGCAGUGACAUUUUCUUUUCUUUACUUAACCC